AUGCUUAGUUCUUUCUUUCUUUCUUUCUUUUUUCUUUCUCGUUCUGUUCUUUAUGUAUCUAUCUAUCUAUCUAUCUAUCUAUCUAUCUAUCUAUCCUUUUUCCUCAAUCUGUUCCCAUCUAUCUACCUAUCUACUGGCCUUUCUUUCUUUCUUUCUUUCUUUCUUUCUUUCUUUCUUUCUUUCUUUCUUUCUUUCUUUCUCUGUUCCCAUCUAUCUAUCUAUCUAUCUAUCUAUCUAUCUAUCUAUCUAUCUAUCUAUCUAUCUAUCUAUCUAUCUACUGGCCUUUCUUUCUUUCCUUCUUUUCUUUUCGGUUCCCAUCUAUCUACCUAUAUACUGGCCUUUUUUAUCUAUCUAUCUAUCUAUCUAUCUAUCUAUCUAUCUAUAUAUAUAUAUAUAUAUAUAUAUAUAUAUAUAUAUAUAUAUAUAUAUUAUUUUUUUUCAUCCUUCUUUCUCGAUCUGUUCCCAUCUAUCUACCUAUCUACUGGCCUUUCAUUAUUUAUCAAUCUAUUCUUAUCUAUCUCUCUAUCUAUCGAUCUAUCUAUCUAUGUAUUAGUUUUUCUUUCGUCUUUUUUUUCUCCAUCUGUUCCCAUCUAUAUAACUAUCUGCUGGCCUUUCUUUUCUUUCCUUCCGUCUUUAUUUAUUUAUCAAUCUGUUUUUAUUUAUCUAUCGAUCUACCAGCUUUUCUUUCAACCUUUUUUUCUCAACAAUUUUUCACCAGGCCCGAAGUUUUGUAUUCAAGCAUGA